UGACAGCAUUAGAAUAUUCAGUUUCGUGGCAAAAUGCAAGAAGUUACAAGCCCUGGGCAGGCAGCACUCCCAUUGUUUCAGAAGCUGCUGCAUAGAAAGGCUAAGAGCGACUGUAAAAUUGCCAGCAGGCUUGCCAGGAAAGUAGGAUGUAGGCUGCAUCGAACAGUGGACGCAUGAAAAUUUCUAUGGAGUAAAAGAUCUUAUGCAACAUACAGGCUUAAAUAUUGUACAGGCUCCCCGCUCUUGCUUUGCUGGCCUUAGGAAUCAGCUAAAGGUGAGAUCAGUUGUCUUGACUUCCAAGUCUUGCACAUCUGGUGUGAUGAGCCCAAGCAGUUUUCCCACAAGUAACAUCAAGUGGUAUUCUGAUGUCUGCAACUGAAAAGUGAAGACAGAAACGAGCUGAUAGACAAGAGGCUGUGGAUCUGUCGAGAUGGCCCACACACUGACCUUCAACUUUGGCCCCGAGAAUGGCAGUGAAGCCCCAAGUCCCUAUGAUGAAGGUGCUGUACAUGAUUCCUUCCACCAGCUAAUCCAGGAGCAGAGCUGGCUGGCUGAGCAAGAGCUGAUGGAGAUGCAGCAGAUGACAAAUGUCCCCUCAAGGGAAAGAGAGAAUGUGGCCUAUACAGCUUCUUCUGCCCGCCAGACUGAGGCUUUGGAAGCAUCAGAACAGACUGAGGAACAUCCUGGCUUCUCCUCUGCUACGCUGCGCAUCCUAGCCAGCAUGCCCAGCCGUACAAUCGGUCGCAGUAGAGGAGCCAUCCUUUCCCAGUAUUAUAAUCGCACUGCCAGACUGCGUCGUAGAAGUACCCGUCCCCCAUUGCAGGAAGUGUCCCACUCUGCACGGCCUAGCCUCCGGCAGCUUGAGAUAGGCCUGGAUUCCAGUCAUGAAGAAAUGGCUACCAAGCGCAGCCUACUGGUGAAAGAACUCCAGAGUUUGCCAGCAAGUCAGCGUGUUAGUAUGUUACAAACUAUGCCGCUGAGUCUGGCAGAGAAGCGUGGCCUCAGGCAGGAUUCAAGUGGACACUCGGGUACCUUGAGGAAACCUAAGACAACAGCUCCUUUGUCACAUUGCAGCCGGCUUAAAUACUACAUCAUCAUAGGGUUCCGAAAUCUGUGGUACAGUUGGCUUUCCUUCUUUCAUAUGCUCCAGCCUUGGCAUUAUUCCCUUAAGCAGAUCAGUGGUCGCUUUGGAUCCAGCAUUCUCUCCUAUUUCCUGUUCCUCAAGACCUUGAUUACGUUCAAUCUUUUCUUGUUCCUCAUCCUGAUGGUUUUUGUGGUCGCUAUGCAGGCUGCUUACCCUUCUGCCAUACCUAACAGCGAAUCCUUCACAGGGCUUGAGCUCCUCACUGGAGCGGGCUACUUCACUCACACACUGAUGUAUUAUGGCUACUAUAGCAAUUUCACUCUCAAUGAUCCUUGUGCUUCUGGCUAUCACAUCACACACUGCCAGCAAUCCAGAGAUGUCCGUCUGCCAUACAAUAUGCCAUUGGCUUAUGUGUUUGUUGUUGGGGCCUCCUUCAUUGUGACAUGCAUUCUUCUAGUGUACAGCAUGUCUCGUUCUUUUGGGGAAAGCUAUCGUGUAGGCAGUGUCUCUGGGGACCUGGCAGUUAAAGUCUUCUGCGCCUGGGACUAUAAAGUGAUCCAGGCUUGUUCUGUUCGACUUCAGAGUGAAAACAUCUGCACUCAGCUGAAGGAGUGUCUGGCUGAGCGGCAGUCCAGGUCACACCCAUUAAACCUGUGUAAGAGGCUGCAGAGGCUGGUAGUCCUGCUGCUCGCCUGGACGAUAUCCCUAGGCACAGUUCUGGGUUGUGUCGUUGCUGUCUACUAUUUCUCUGAAUACAUACACCACGUUCACCUUAAGAGGCUCACAAGCAGCCAGACCGGGAAUGAAGCCGAGCUUCUGGGCCUGCCUCUGCUGGUCUGUCUGAUUAACUUGCUCAUGCCGUACAUGUACAACCUCUUGGCUGUCUGGGAGAAGCAAGAGUCUCCAGUCCUUGAAGUAUACAUAGCCAUCUGCAGGAACUUAAUUCUGAAAAUGGUUAUUUUAGGCCUGCUGUGUUACCAUUGGCUGAGCUGGAAAGUGACAUCCUCAGAGAUCAAGUGCUGGGAAACUUUUGUGGGGCAGGAGCUAUACCGUUUGGUGGUGAUAGAUUUCAUUUUUACCCUAUUGGACAUCUUCUUUGGAGAGCUGAUUUGGAGAAUUAUUUUGGAGAAGAAAAGCCAGAAUAAGCAGAGACCAGAGUUUGACAUUGCUAGAAAUGUGCUGGAGCUGAUUUAUGGACAAACCCUCACCUGGCUGGGGGUCUUCUUUGCCCCACUCCUCCCAGCUGUCCAAAUCCUCAAGUUGGUGCUCCUGUUCUAUAUUAAGAAGAUGAGCUUGAUGAGAAAUUGCCAGUCUCCCAGUAAACCGUGGCGUGCAUCUCAUAUGAGCACCAUCUUCAUCACCUUGCUGUGCUUCCCUUCGUUCCUGGGUGCUUCCGUAUUCCUCUCCUACACCAUCUGGUCAGUGAGGCCAUCAGAGAUAUGUGGGCCCUUCCAAAGCCUGACAACUGUCUAUGAUUCUGGAAAGAUGUGGGUUACACAGCUGGAGAAAUCUAACCCAAACCUUACUUGGUUUACAUGGAUCCAUCAGCACAUGAUUCAAAACACCUUCUUCCUGUUCGUCAUGUCUGGAAUUUUACUAGCUGUGAUCUACCUCAACAUCCAGGUGGUGAAGGGUCAAUGGAAAAUCAUUUCUCUCCUGAAGGAGCAGAUUGCCAAUGAAGGUGAGGACCAGGGCUUGUUCCUCAUUCCACAGAGAAGCUGUCGUAACAUCUGGGGGAAAACGAGAAUGCAACAAUUGAGGAUCAGGGAGACCAGCUUGAUGCAAUGCGUAACAGAACUGGGCUCCUGCUGAAUUCCUGCGAAGCAGUUCAGCAGUUCCUUACUGAACAUGCAAGAUGAGCCUUGUGCUGUGCCUGAAAUGUUGCCUGGACUCUGACAGUAGCGGACAGAUGUUGAACUUUCUCAGAAUGCCCUGUGGGACAGGCCUAAUGCUGUUGAAAACAUCAGCAUCCGGGUAUUGGCCUUCUGCCUUCCAGCAUCUCCAUUCUCAGAAGCUUCACAGAAACCUUCUAUUCUUUCCUAGUGUUUGGUGGCGUUUCCAGCUUCUGCAGACAGGCAAAGGAAGUCACCUUGCAUACAAAUCCCAGGAUUCCUGAACAACUUGAAUGAUAGUGAAGCUGUUCGUUUUUCAGAAGAAAACUGAACUGACUGAACUUUAAUUCCUUUUUUUACUCUGAGGUUCCCAUAGUGAAUUUGCAGGAUCACAGAAGUACAAUGUGAACCUUAUAACAGGAGUUAGCAGAAUGUGUAUACAUUUCUUUCACCCCGGGACAUCAUUCAGUGUUUUUACGAACAAUCUUUUUUGCAAAUUUCUCAUUUAUGUGUGAGCAUAAGUAACACUCUCCUUUUAAAUCUUCUCCUUUGUUGGAAACUAGUUUGACUGGAUUGGGUGAAAUAUGUGAGACCAGAAUGUCCAAAACAAUAGGAACUGUAGGGCGUGGCCAUGAACACAGAUCUUUCUAUACAUUUUAGCAUUGUUCAAAGGAAUAAAAAAGAAAAAUCACAACUGCAA